AUGGGUACUCAAAUUGCAGCUGCUCAGCCUCUUAUACCUGUCGGAAAGGUUCCGAGAACAAUGGUUCCAAUGUCAUGUCGAGCUCCAAUGUGUAACCCUUAUGUGCAUAAUUACGCUCUGGGGAUAGAGUACGAUUUUGGUGGAGGCAAUGGAGUGGAAGACAAUGAUAACUUAACGGUCACUUACGGCCAAGAAUUUGGUAACGUGGACCCCUACUACAGCUUAUUCGAGUAUCAGAAGUACUUGCCAGGAUUAUAUGCCAAUGAGCCUAGUCGACAAAGAGAAAUUUGUGGUUCCGUGACGAUUUUGUAA